AUUUGUCCGCUGCAAGAAGAUAAGACCAUUGAAGCCUUAUCUGACGCCAUCAUGAUUGCGCGAUAGACGUCGGAUUUGCCGUAGGUAUACCGCGGCAUGCCGGUCUGUUGGAUGACGCUGGAUUGCAGUCCUCCCCAACUUAAAUCUUCUCUUCUCUCCCCCUGUCGCAUCCUGUUAUUUCAUUCACUCAAGAUCAAUAGCCCAUUCUCUUACGCUCAUGGAGCAGCACACCUUCCGUCGUCGUGGCCUUGGGCUCCAGGGGGUUGAUCCCGAAAAAGUGUCUCCAGGCUAUGUCCUGUACUCGCCUCUCACCUCAAACACGGCUCAUUUGAUCUCUCAAUCCGGAGGGGAAGUGCAUCGAUGGAAACUUCCACAUCGUGCCGGUCGCCAUGCCCGACUCCUUCCCACCGGUGCCUUGGCCUACAACGGCGUACAUCCCGACGCCCCUGAUCUCUUUCCCAUGUGGGCCAAGUACCGCGGCGGCGCCAUGAUGCAGGUGGCUCCAAACGGAGAGGUUCUGCGUCAAUAUCUAGACCCUCUUGCCCAUCACGACCAGCAUCAUCUCGACAAUGACACUCUGCUAUAUACCACGGUGGAUCCUCUGACCGCAGAAGAAGCAGCCCGAGUCGAGGGUGGGAUACCCGGCAGCGAGGCACCGGGCGGGGUCAUGUAUGGGGAUUGCAUCCGGCUCGUCGCGCCAUGGAAGUCAUUCAAGUCAUCAUGGUCGGCCGAUUUUGAAGGCAACCCUGGUGACACCAGCGGAGGAGCAGAGUUGCUUUGGUCCUGGCGUGCCAUCGAUCAUCUCGAUCCGAAGCAGUUUGCAUCGCAUCCACAUUACGCUCGCGAACAUUGGCCUUUGAUCAACAGUGUCUCAAUCGAUCCAGUAACAGAAAACAUCAUAGCAUCAUCCCGGAAUACCUCGUCUGUGCUCAUCAUCGACCGAAUGACUGGCAACAUUGUCUGGCAUGUGACUGCGCCCACGGUGUGUCAGCAACAUUGCGCUCAUGCGAUAAAUUCUGCUGGCGACCUGCUUAUCCUGGAUAACGGUGUCUUCCGACCGGAGAUAUCAGUCCCAUUUUCCCGCGCGAUUAUAGUUUCUCGUGAAUCGAAGCAGGUGAUCUGGGAAUGGACAGACUCCACCACAGGUGGGUUGGGUUUUUUCACGCCGUUCAUGGGCUCAGCGCAAAUGUUGGUGAAUGGGAAUGUCUUGAUAUGUGAGGCAGCCUCGGGGAGGAUUUUGGAAGUCACAGAGGAUAAAAAGCUCGUAUGGGAGUUUGUGGUGCCACAGCUGAACACGUAUGAAAAGGUGAUGGACAAAAGGGAGCUGGCGGAGAUGCAGCGGAUCGGAUUCAUGUACCAGAGUAAUGCCAUAUUUCGGGCUUACAAGUACCUCCCUAGUGAGGUUCCUUGGCUCGAGGAUUGUAAAUCCGUGGAUUGA